AUGAGGGCACACACAGCAAUACCACUCAAGACACGGUAUGGCGCCGGAGUAACCCGACCACGGCCUGGGGCCUACUCGAGCUUGAGCCGGGGAGAGACGGCCGCUCCCCCGGGUCUCCGAACGACGGCCGGCUGUCCCCCCCCCUUGGACCGGCGGGGGUUAUCCCGGUCUCCACGGGUGACCACCACUGAUGACUGCCGAGCCCAAACACGAGCCAGGCCGCAGAACACAGCCCAGAGGGAGCGCUCCAAAUGGCGGAUAGUCCGCAACCACAUGGGCAUACAAAGAGUGACCUGCCACAUAAUGCGGAGCCCCCAAAGGCAGAGCCGACUUGUGGACCUCACAUGCCCCUGA